CCGGGACUCCUGUGAACCAAGGAAUGUCGGAGCCGAAACAAUGAGGUAGCUUUGCCAGCCAAAAAUCCCAACUACGAGACUCGUCCCCCAGAGCCACACGACGUCGCGAAAAUGCCAGAGACCUCGAUCCCCCCGCCACCAGUGGUCACGCGUCCCAGCAGGCCCGUCUCCGAGACGCUGCUAAAUGAGAAGUGGGACCGCUGUCUCUCGUCUCUUCUCAUCCGCUCGUCCCUCGGCCUGUCCUUCGGUGUCGUCUUCUCCGUCCUCAUCUUCAAGCGCCGCGCGUGGCCUGCUUUCGUCGGCUUGGGCUUUGGUGCCGGGAGGGCGUACGAGGAGUGCAACUCUAGCUUUAUCAGGGCGGGAAAGGGACAGUCUAGGUCAUAAACUAUGCAUCGGAGGGAAUGAUGGGGCGUGUUUGUUUGAUACGAAGAAUUGAGGAUCGAAUACAAAUAGGAUUGGAGUGGGGGAAUUGUACAAGUACAAACCGAGAGCGACAGAUAGAGAUCGAAACAUACAGCAAAUAAGAUGGUGG